AGUACCGUGGUUGUCAAACCCGACGUGUCUAUGCGGUUAUUUGCGAGACGACGAAGCAGGGGCAUUCAAAAAUUAGAUAUAUGGAAGGGUCUGUUGUACCACGACUUCCCAGACACAAGUCGUGAUUGAAAUGUUACGUCUGGAUGCGGAACUUUGCAAGAAUAGUGCGUACGUGACAUGAAUUCAGCAUGAGUAAAAAGAGUGAGACAUGGUCUUUGCUGGACGACUCAGGGGCGGAAGAGGGGACCAGAGGAAAGCUGGAGAAAGAGGAGGAUGAGCCCAAAGUGUGCAAGGUGUGCGGCGACAAAGCUACAGGAUACCACUUCAAUGCCAUGACCUGUGAGGGCUGCAAAGGCUUCUUCAGACGAGCCAUGAAGGGCCCAUGUAAAUUCCGCUGUCCAUUCCAGAACAACUGCGUCAUCACAAAGAGCAACCGCCGGCAGUGUCAGUCCUGCCGGCUUCAGAAGUGCCUCUCCACUGGCAUGCUGAAGGAGUUAAUCAUGUCAGACGAGGCUGUGGAGAAACGGAGGAUGCUUAUCCAGAGGAAGAGGAUGGCAGAGGAACCCUCUGUGCUCUCGCAGGAGCAAGCAGCAAUAAUUCAGGAGCUGCUUGAUGCACACAAGAAGACCUUCGAUACGACCUUCUCUGGCUUCAUCAAGUUCCGGCCUCCAGACUGUGAUGAACGAAUCAGCUCCCAGCUGUCUCUCGAAUCCUACAAAAAGGACAAGGCUGACAAUCCAGUGGAGUGCCAUCCCUCACAUUGCUACACUGCAUGCAUCCCAGGACACUACGAGGAGGCAGAGCCUGGUAAUAGCAAAGGAAAGGCCAGGUUCACCAACCUCCCUCACAUCGCAGACCUCAGCACCUACAUGAUCCAGCAAAUCAUUAAAUAUGCCAAAGUGCUCCGAUUUUUUAGAUCUUUAAAUAUAGAGAAUCAGAUUUCGCUGCUGAAGGGUGCUACCUUUGAGAUUGUUCAAAUGCGCUUCAACAUGCUGUUCAAUGAGGAGACAGGCAUCUGGGAGUGUGGCUCACUCAAGUACUGCCUGAGCGACGCACUUCGUGCUGGUUUUCAAGCACAUCUGCUGGACUCUUUGUUAAAGUUACAUUUCACACUACGCCAACUACACCUACACGAUGAAGAGUAUGUACUGAUGCAGGCGAUCUCACUUUUCUCGGCAGACAGGACGGGUGUGACUCAGCACAGUGUAAUUGACAAACACCAAGAGAUGCUCGCUCUCACGCUGAAGACAUACAUUGACGUCAACAGGAAUGACCCAAACAAACAUCUAGUGUUCCCUAAGAUCAUGGCCUGCUUGACAGAAAUGAGGUCUAUGAACGAAGAGUACACCAAACAGGUCCUGCAGAUCCAGGACAUGCAGCCGGACCUGUCACCCCUUGUGCUGGAGAUCUUCAGCAAACAAAGCUGACUCUGGCUGCAGGACUUCUGUGCCAGCUCCCUCACUUUGGAUCAGGCACCAGCAAGGACUCCCAAACCCCAACAGCUGAAAGGCAGAGGUUCAAUUAAAGCACGCUUUAAGUUUGAUAACUGCUGGAACUGCUAGAUGGCGUCAUGUGGUCAGACUGCUUUCACUUAUAUGCACUGAAGAGGUAAAUAUGUUGGCCUUAGGAAAAUGCUCCCACCUAGUGUUCUAUAUUGGUACAACCCAACAACUCACUCUUUAAAUGGAUAUAUGCAUAGGUUAUUAUUUUAUGUUCUGUCUCUGUUCAGAGUAUCAGUGAAUCUCAGAAUAAAGCAAUGUUUCACCAGCAGUCCAGUGGCCUUAGCUUGAGAUGGUUGAAAUGGGCUGAUGUGUGUACCCCCAAAAAAAAGACCCACUUGACAUUUGAUGUGUGAGAAACAAAAUUAGAGAACAAAAAGUGAGCUCUGUUGUUACCAACAAGUGCCUUUUAUCUGCUAGCUAAGGAAAAAGGUACCAAUCUAAAUGACCAACAGAAAACGACCCACGUAGACUGAUAAGCCAAUUAACAAACAAGGGCCCACUAACCAUUUAAAUGUAUCCACACAUGAUAGGCUUGUGGAAUUUCAGGGAAUGUAUUUUUGAACAUUUUUGAACAUCAGCAGAGAUUUAGGAGCACAAGCUGUGUUGUUGGAAAGUAUCCCCUGUCUUGGGAUCACAGGACUGAGCAGAGCAACAUGGUGUGAACAUUUCUGUGACAUAGCAGUGAACCUGACCUGCUCCUGUUGGCAGGUGGGAUGGAAACACUUAGCCAUUAGGUCUUUGGCAAUGGCAGGUGGGAACCUCACCAAAGCCCCAUAAGAGUCAGCACUGUCACUCUGUGGACUAUAAAGUGGAAAUGACCACACAUAUUUACCACAGCUUGUGAAAGUAUAUUUUUAAUUUCCCUGAAUUAAGAGGGUAACCUUUUGCUAUGCUAAACAGCAGUUAUGCUAAAUCCAUGGAAAGCACACUUUUAUGUUUCAUGACCUUCUGUCCUUGUAUAUUGCAGAUUUGCUCCGUCCAUAUGUUCCAUCAUGCACAUUAAGGUUUUCUGACUCAGGUUUUCUUACUGCCCUUAGGUUCAGGCUCUGUACUGAGAGGCAGGUCAUUUAGUGAUACUGCACCCACUGUCUGGAAUUCCCUUCCUACAUCUAUUUGUUCCCGCUGUUCUCAGAAUAUACAUUAACCUCCUACCUUAUUAUCUGUUUAAUGAUUAUUGUUUUAUCUGUUUAUUUCUUAGUCUCAUCCACUUUGUAUUGUGGUAUAUUUUGUUGUGUUCUCAUUUUUUAAAGCAACUUUGGGUUUUAUGAAAGGUGCUAUAUAAAUCCAAUUUAUUGUUAUUUAUUAUUAUGCUUCAGUCAGUCACUGAGAAUGAUGACAGACUGUUAAAUUUGGAAAACAAAACCUAAAGAAAAUGCUAUUUUUUGUUGUAUAUCUUGGAUUUGUGGUGACAGUACACUUUAUACAUAACUGAACUGGAAUCAGCUCUCAAGCCUUGAUGGCAGGGUAGAAUGUGUGUAGGUCAGUCAUUUAAUGUAUCGAAGGUAGGCUUUUAAAAAUACAUAUAUGAAUGUAAUUUAUGAUUGUAAAGGAUUACUGUAGCACAGGGAAGCACAGAAGCCAUAAUAAGCUAUUGUAUGAGUUGUGUGUUUAUACUGGCUAUCCCAGUAUGGUUAUUUAUGGUUAUUUUCUUGGGGGAAAAUGUGUUAGUGGAA